AUGGCUUCGAUUAUCUGUUAUUCAACUCCAACAACAACAAUCCGAGCUUCUUCCGGAUCUUUAAAAAACCCGGAUCCGAAUCGUAAGAGAUCCGUUUCUUGGUGGGCUCCUCUCUUCGGUUUACCUUCCGAUCCAGAUUACCUCAACAUCGAAACCUCCUCCUCCGUGAUUCUCGAACCGAAUCCGGGUACAAUAACCGAUGUUUCCGGGUCGGGUAACGAUUCCGGUCAGAGAUUCCGUCGUGGUUGUCUCACGGAGGAGAAAGCUAAACAGUUGAGGAAGAAAAUCGCUGAAGCUUCGAAUUUCCACGACGUUAUGUAUCAUUCGGCGAUUGCGAAUCGUCUUGCUUCGGAUAUCUCCGAUCGGGUCAAGGAUUGA